AUGACCAAGGAGGUUGAUGAAAGCACUGGGGGUGCCAGUGAUAUACCAAAUAUGGUUGAAGAAGCGAAAUCAUCGAGUUUUGACCGUGAAACUGAAGAGAAUCUGCUACUGGAGACCACUAAACCUGACGAGAAUCUGGUACCGGAGAGUACUAAACAUGACGAGAAACUUGUACCGGAGAUCACUAAACAUGAAGACAAUCCCAUGGAAAAUGACCAAGUUUCCCAAAACACAGCCACCAGUCCUAUGACAGGAGCUGGUUCCGAAGAAACCCGUGAUUUGAUUACAGAGAACAUUGAGAAACCAGAUGAGGGUGAUCUGCUAAUUGAGCUUAUUUCCAAAGAUAACGAUGGUGAUGGAGAUGAUGGGUUGAAAAAUAGAAAACAAAAACGAUCUUCUUCUGAAGUGAAAAGGCUGCGCAUGUCGUCUCUGGCUCCUAAAGGUCCAACUCCUCAAAAGCAUGAACGUCCCAAGUAUAUAAAUGUGGCACCUCUUAAUAUCCCCAUUCGACGGCGCUUGGAGAUGGUGGGGAUAAUCUGGCACACCAUUUGUAUUCCCACGUUUGUCAGUUUGUUUUUCUUGACUUUGUCGUUGGGUCCGUUUGCUUGGGUAGGGGUGAUAUUGCCGUACUUUUUAUGGUGGUAUCUUAUCGAUUUACAUACUCCUACAAACGGUAAGGUUGCGUAUCGGUCUCGCGACUGGAUGAAGAAUUUCAUUGUGUGGGAUUGGUUCGUUGACUAUUUUCCUAUCAGGGUCCACAAGUCUUGUGAGUUGGAGCCUACCUUUAGCGAUGUUAUUAUUGAAGACGAUGUGGUGCCCGAUGAUGAAGAAGACCUUAUCUCAGAGCAAUCACGAACUGGAGUCGAUAAACUUUUCAAAUUUUUGGGGCUUCGAAAACGCUUAAAUGACGACUCGGAUGCUUCGUCGCAGUGCUCACUGCUGCAAGAGUCUUUAAGCACAAGACGUAAAGUGAAACGUAUGUCUACUGGUCCUCGCUACAUCUUUGGAUACCAUCCCCAUGGAGUAAUUUCGAUGGGUGUUUUUGGAACUUUCGCUACCAAUGCGUUGCGUAACGAGCCGUACGAACCUCCCUUGCGUUUGCUAAAGCCAUUUUUCCACGACUCUUCCAAGGGAGAACGGUUGUUUCCCGGUAUUGGCACCGUCUUUCCAUUGACAUUGACAACCCAAUUUAUUGUGCCGUACUACCGUGACUAUAUCUUGGGCAUGGGACUCACCAGUGCUUCGGCUAAAAACAUCAAGAGCCUUAUAAGCAACGGAGACAACUCGAUAUGUGUCGUUGUUGGAGGUGCUCAGGAAUCGCUCCUAAACGAUAUGGUAGCCGCAACCACAGUUCCCGGUCGUUACGGAAAGAGCAAUUUGCCCAAUGACAGUGAUACCGAUAGCGAGUUUGAUCCUCAGCGUAAGAUUGAAGAAAACAAGGAAGAAACCGGCGUAAAGAAAAUUGAACUUGUACUUAAUAAGAGAAAGGGUUUCGUCAAGAUAGCGAUUGAGUUGGGCAACGUUUCACUCGUGCCUACGUUUGGUUUUGGAGAAGCUGACAUCUACAGAAUCACCAAACCCAAACCAGGUUCAUUUGGAGAAAUGUUCCAAUCUUGGAUGAAACGCACAUUUCAAUUCACGGUUCCAUUUUUCAGCGCUAGAGGUGUGUUCAUUUACGACUUUGGGUUUCUUCCUUACAGAAAUCCCAUCAAUGUCUGCUUUGGACGGCCCAUUCAUAUUCCAGCCGGCUUAUUGGAUCAAUACAAAGAGCCCGAAACUGAGAAAGAUGAAAAAGAAAAGGAAAAAAACGUCUUCCAGUUCACUCAAGACAAACAAGCGCCAGCCUUCAAUAUCCAAUCUAUUCAAGUUUUCCAAGGGGAAGCAACCAUCAAAGAGGAAACGAGUUAG